GAGCUGGCCAGUGCUGAGGGGGCGCGGCGCGGAGGAGCGCGGAGCCGGGAGGCUCGGGGGCCCAGAGCGCGCGGCGGCCGGGAGCCUGCCGGCCCCUGACAGCCCCCUCCCCCCGGUGGACGACGACGACGACGACGACUACUAGGGCGCGAGUCAUGGCGGAGCAGCGAAGCCUGCGGGGGCCCUGAGCGCCGCCGCAUGGAGCGGGACGAACGGCCGUCUAGCGGAGGGGGAGGCGGCGGGGGCUCGGCGGGGUUCCUGGAGCCGCCCGCCGCGCUCCCUCCGCCGCCGCGCAACGGUUUCUGUCAGGAUGAAUUGGCAGAACUUGAACCAGGCACUAAUGGGGAGACUGACAGUUUAACACUUGGCCAAGGUCACACACCUGUUUCUGUUCCAGAUGAUCGAGCUGAACAACGAACUUGUCUAAUCUGUGGGGAUCGUGCUACAGGCUUACACUAUGGGAUCAUCUCCUGUGAGGGCUGCAAAGGUUUUUUCAAGAGGAGUAUUUGCAACAAACGUGUGUACCGGUGCAGUCGUGACAAGAACUGUGUCAUGUCCCGGAAACAGAGGAACAGGUGCCAGUACUGCCGCCUGCUCAAGUGUCUCCAGAUGGGCAUGAACAGGAAGGCUAUCAGAGAAGAUGGCAUGCCUGGAGGCCGGAAUAAGAGCAUUGGGCCAGUGCAGAUAUCAGAAGAAGAGAUUGAAAGAAUCAUGUCUGGACAGGAGUUUGAGGAAGAAGCCAAUCACUGGGGCAACCAUGGUGACAGCGACCACAGUUCCCCUGGGAACAGGGCUUCAGAGAGCAACCAGCCCUCACCAGGCUCCACACUGUCAUCCAGUAGGUCUGUGGAACUAAAUGGAUUCAUGACAUUCAGGGAUCAGUACAUGGGGAUGUCAGUGCCUCCACAUUAUCAAUACAUACCACACCUUUUUAGCUAUUCUGGCCACUCACCACUUCUGCCCCCACAAGCUCGAAGCCUGGACCCUCAGUCCUACAGCCUGAUUCACCAGCUGAUGUCCGCCGAAGACCUGGAGCCGUUGGGCACACCCAUGUUGAUUGAAGAUGGAUAUGCUGUGACACAGGCAGAGCUAUUUGCUUUGCUUUGCCGCCUGGCCGACGAGUUGCUCUUCAGGCAGAUUGCCUGGAUCAAGAAGCUGCCUUUCUUCUGCGAGCUCUCAAUCAAGGAUUACACGUGCCUCUUGAGCUCUACAUGGCAGGAGUUGAUUCUGCUCUCUUCCCUCACAGUUUAUAGCAAACAAAUCUUUGGGGAGCUGGCUGAUGUCACUGCCAAGUACUCACCCUCUGAUGAAGAACUACACAGAUUUAGUGAUGAAGGGAUGGAGGUGAUUGAGCGGCUCAUCUACCUAUAUCACAAGUUCCAUCAGCUAAAGGUCAGCAAUGAGGAAUAUGCUUGCAUGAAAGCAAUUAACUUCCUGAAUCAAGACAUCAGGGGUCUGACCAGUGCCUCACAGCUGGAACAAUUGAAUAAGCGGUAUUGGUACAUUUGUCAGGAUUUUACUGAAUAUAAAUAUACACACCAACCAAACCGCUUUCCUGAUCUUAUGAUGUGCUUGCCAGAGAUCCGAUACAUUGCAGGAAAGAUGGUGAACGUGCCCCUGGAGCAGCUGCCCCUCCUCUUUAAGGUGGUGCUGCAUUCCUGCAAGACAAGUGCAGUGAAGGAGUGACCUGUCCCCUGCACUGCUUCAGGUGCUCGCAGUGCCUUGGGUGGGCGGGGACAGGCUCCAGAGGAAAGAGCCAGAGAGACCAAGAUGGAGACUGUGGAGCAGCUACCUCCAUCACAAGAAGAAUUUGUUUGUUUGUCUGUUUUUAACCUCAUUUUUCUAUAUAUUUAUUUCACGACAGAGUUGAAUGUAUGGCCUUCAACAUGA